UGAACUCUUUGUGCACUAAUUAUUAAUUAGGACGGUGCUUUGUGCUAUUCUAGCAAGAAAACAGCCUUGAAAUCCCACGUUUCGAAUGAAACAGAACCAAGCGAAGAGUCCGUGAGACAUGGAAAGUGGUGUAGAAGUCCUGCAGGCCGUAAUCAUCGGCAUCUCUAUUGCAAUAUUUCUUCUCAACAUUAAAAGCUACGUCAAAUCCGCCGAACUGUUCCGAGAGUGCUUGGUGCUGUUGAGCAGUAGUGAUAUGACCACGAUGCAAGAAAUUUUGGAUGUGCGCAAGAAAUUGAUUCUGAUAGUGUACAGUAGAUUGGGAACGGCGUAUUACUUCAACGAUGAAUUCGAAAGUGCCAUCGAUUGCUAUUAUAAGGCUCUUGCACUUGCUCAAGAAUUGGGGGAUAAAAAGGGUGAGUGCACAAAUUAUGGCAACCUAGGAAGUGCCCAUCUCAAGACCGAGAAGUACAUGAAGGCAGUCGAUUAUUCCACCAAAGCUCUUGAGAUCAGCAAAGCGAUUGGCAGUAAGCGAGAGGAAGGUACUAAUAAUGGGAACCUUGGGACCAUCUUUCAAUGUUUAGGAGACUUUUCCAAAUCGCUAGACUAUCACAAGAAGUCCCUGGAAAUCAACGAAAAACUUGCUGAACUUCCAGGGCAGGCACAAGAUUGUAAAAUCAUCGGAGAUGUUUGUAAGCGUCUUGGUGAUCCAGAGCAGGCUAUUAAAUACUAUGAAAAUGCUGUCUUAUUGAAGCAUCGAAUAAGAGACCGACGUGGGGAAUGCGAUGACGCUGACAAACUUGCAGAACUUUGCCUAUCUGUGGGAAAAUUUAAGAAGGCAGAAUUUUAUCAAUUGAGAGCUCUUGAGAUCAGCCAGGAAAUCGGGGGAAAGGAAGAGCAACACAGGCUCGUGACUAACCUAGGUGUCCUGUACGACUCCAUUGGAGAAUACUCGAGAUCUAAGGAAUGCCAAGAGAACGCCCUCACAUUGGCAAGACAGGCAGGAGAUGUUAAGCAAGAGGCUCUCUCCCUCAGUGGUCUGGGAACCGCCCACGGUCGCCUCGGCAAUUAUGAGCAAGCUAUGGAAUGCCUCGUGCAGGCACUUGCAAUGAGGCAACGCAUCGGAGAUAAGAGCGGAGAGGCCACUACCCUUGGUAACUUAAGUUUAACCUACCACUCCUUCGGCCAAUAUUCCGAAGCUGAAGAGCAUUUGCAAAGAUCCCUUGAAAUAAAUCUGGAACUCAACAACAGAGGGGGAGAAGGUGCAAACUAUGGAAACCUUGGCGUGGUCUUUCACGCUCGUGGCGAAUUUCUGAAAGCCAUAAACUAUCAUGAAAAGGCACUUCAGAUCAGGAGAGAACUUGGAGACAAGCGUAACGAAAGUAUCGACUACCAUAAGAUCGCAUUAGCUUAUGAAUCUUUAGCAAAUUAUUCUAAGGCCCUGGAAUAUCAACAAAAAUCACUCCAACUCAGCAGAGAAACUGCGCAUCCGGCUGCUGUCGCUAAAGGAUAUUGUAACCUUGCAAGUAUUUACCAUUCUCUGGGAGAGCGUGCAGAAAGCUUUAAGUAUAUUGAAGAAUCUCUUAAGUCUAUUCGCACAGUCGAGGACAAACUCUCCAAGGUGGCCUUGUAUGAUAGUUUGGGGACGGUGUUUAACGAACUUGGUGAUUAUGACCAGGCUCUAACUUUUAUCGAAAGGGCACUGGAGCUAUCGAUAGAAAUGAAGACGAAGUGGGAGGAAGGGGAGAUAAAUUUAAGUCUUGCAGAUCUGUAUCGCCACCAGGGAGACUUCAGCAAAUCUUUAGAGUACGGCCAGAGAUCACUUGACAUUUUUGAAGAAUUAGGAAACAAAAGAGGAAAGAUGAAUUGUCAUUUAAUCCUUGGAAGCACAUUGCUGAGCACUGGCGAAUAUACCCUGGCAAUAAAAAACCACGAGAAAGCUUUCCAAAUAAGCAACGAAAUAGGAGACAGGAAAGGGCAAGGUACUGCCUGUGCCGAAAUAGGCCUCUGUCUGGGAUGGGUCGGAGACAUUUCCAGAGGUUUGCAAUAUUUAUUAAAAAGUGUCAACAUCUACGAGGGUAUUAGAGGCUUUCUUGGCGACGAGGAUCAGUUCAAAGUAUCGUUUGUGGACGCUAACAUUUUUCCUUACCAGUUGCUCGUUUGCUUUUUGUGUCAAUCAGAAGAGAAUGUCAACAAAGCUAUAUACACUGCUGAGCUGGGGCGUGCUAGAGGACUCGCAGAUUUGAUGUCAAAGCGAUACUUCAUUCAAGGGGUUAACCAGGGCGAAGAACUGAAAGUCAACGACAUUGAAACACUGUUAUUGAAGGAAGACUGCACUAUUCUGUACAUCGCCUACCAUGUGAACGAGCUUUUCCUUUGGGUCAUAAAACCAAACCAGAGCAUAAAAUUUAGGAAAGUACCGAGAGAAGUUAUGGAAGCAAUUCCUCAGCGUCUUAAAGAUGUGACUAUUGACCAAUUGUUUGAGUCCUUGGUUAAUACAACAUAUGCACAUUACAAUUUUGGACGAAGUAGUUCCUGUGAAGACAGAUCGUUUUUUACCUUUGAGGCGGGCCAAAAAUGUUCUCAACCACAACCACGUGAAAAUCCCGCACGCCUUUGUGAGGUGGAAGAAGAUGAUGAUGACGAUGAGGAGUUCCUGCUGGAUAGUUCAUGUAAGACAGCCUUGCGGUUGUGGUACGACAUAAUAAUUGCGCCUGUUAAAAAUCUCCUUGAGGGUUCCAAAAUCAUCGUAGUUCCAGAGGGAGAGUUGCACAAGGUACCGUUUCAAGCUCUGGAGGACGAGAGUGGAAAGUAUCUGUCGGAGACAUAUGAGAUUAGGGUGGUUCCAUCCUUGACUACCCUCAAGUUAAUCCACGACAGCCCAGAGGAUUAUCACAGCGAAAGGGGUGUGCUGAUUGUCGGCGAUCCCGAAGUUGGAGAAGUUUUGUUGAACGGAGAAGAAAAACAUAUAUCAGGACUACCGUGUGCCAGAAUGGAAGCAGAGAUGAUUAGCAAGCUACUAGAACUUGAGCCCUCAAGAAUCUUGCUUGGCAAACAUGCCACAAAGCACGCUGUGCUGCAGGAGUUGAGCGAAGUGAGUUUAAUCCACUUUGCUGCGCAUGGUGAUGCAUUCAGAGAUGAGAUAUGUCUGGCACCUAUCCGUUGCGCGAAUAAAAUCCCUGAAAAGGAUGAUUUCAUACUGACCAUGAGCGAUGUGUCAAAGGUCCAGCUUCGAGCUAAGCUUGUGGUGCUCAGCUGUUGUCAUAGUGGUCGUGGGGAAAUUAAGGCCGAAGGAGUUGUCGGAAUCGCUCGAGCCUUUUUAGGAUCUGGCGCACGAUCUGUGUUGGCUUCACUAUGGGCCGUGGAUGACAAAGCAACAUUGCAAUUCAUGAAGCAAUUCUAUGACCAUCUGGUCCGUGGGAAAAGCGCCAGUGAAUCACUUCAUGAAACGAUGAAUUGGAUGAGAAGAAGUACUGAGAGAAGGAGGUACUCUCAAGUCUGUCAGUGGGCACCAUUUGUCCUAAUUGGGGACGACGUAGCACUAACAUUUGGAAAAUCACACCCUUAAAUUAAGGACUCGAACUGAUAAGCUCA